AUGGCACCUGGUACACAGCACCCGGCACAUAGCACACGGUACACGGCACAGAGCACAUGGCACACGACACACGACACAUGGCACCCAGCUCAUGGCACCCAGCACACGGCUGGCCUGCUGUGGCAGCUGCGGCCCAGCGACGUGGAGGUGGAGCUGCUGGCGCACACGAGGCGCGUGGUGAGCCGUGACCUGGAGGAGGAGACAGGGCUGCACACGGGCUGGAUCCAGAACGGGGGCCUGUUCAUCGCGUCCAACCGGCAGCGCCUGGAUGAGUACAAGAGGCUCAUGUCGGUGGGUGCGCCCUGCAGGGUGGGGGCUGGUGUGGGGGCCCCGUGCCCGCCCUGGCUGACCCACGGCCUCUGCUCUGCCUUCCAGAACAUGCCCAAUGUCCGCGACCACGACGCCUCGGUCUACCUCCGCCUCCAGGGGGACGCCCUGUCCGUGGGCGGCUACGAGCCCAACCCCAUCUUCUGGGAGGAGGUGUCGGACAAGUUUGCUUUCGGCCUCUUCGACCUGGACUGGGACGUGUUCACCCAGCACAUUGAAGGGGCCGUCAACCGGGUGCCUGUGCUGGAGAAGACGGGGGUCAAGUCCACGGUCUGCGGCCCAGAGUCCUUCACGCCCGACCACAAGCCCCUGAUGGGGGAGGCGCCCGAGCUCCGAGGCUUCUUCCUGGGCUGCGGCUUCAACAGCGCAGGAAUGAUGCUGGGCGGCGGCUGCGGGCAGGAGCUGGCCCACUGGAUUGUCCAUGGGCGCCCGGAGAAGGACAUGUACGGCUACGACAUCAGGCGAGUGCACCUGACACCGGCGGGCAGGGCUGGCUCCUCCCCCGCCGCCCUGGGACCUGGGGCCACCACCACGCACCGUCACGGCUGCGGCCGAAACACAGACCCCACUUCCCAAGGCCUGGAGGCCCCGGCCCAGGCGCCCACCCACCGGCUCUCCCAGCGUUUGCGCAGCCCCCUCCUGUCCGCGCGUGUCAUUUGUGCGGGUUCAUGGGUCUUGUGUGUCUGUCUUUGUGGGACCAGCCCGGUGCCUGCCAGGCCGGAUCUGUGUGGGGGAGGCGGGAGGACGGGCGGGACCAGGACGAGCAGGCUCCUUCCCCAGGUCCUCCCUUACGACUACUACGGGGCCUACGGGCACCAGGUGCACCAGGACCACGCCUACAACCGGCUGCUGGGGGCCGAGUACACCUUCGACUUCCCGCCCCACCACCAGCAGAUCAGGCAGGAGUGCCUGGCCUGCAGAGGCGCGGCGGCCGUGUUCGACAUGUCCUACUUCGGCAAGUUUUACCUGGUGGGCGUGGACGCGAGGAAGGCUGCUGACUGGCUGUUCUCUGCCGACGUCAGCCGACCCCCAGGUACGAGGCCAGGGCGGGUCAUGUUCCUGUCAGGCUUCAGCUCCAGGCAGAACUCCUGGCACAGCUCUGGGCACUGGCACGAGGUGGCACCUCUGGGUUCCUCCAGCACAUGCUCUGCCCCUUGGCCUGGCCUGGGCCCCUGUCCAGAUCCCUGUGCACUUACUACCAAUCCCAGGCCCCAGGGCUGUGGGCCUCCCUGCAUCCCUCCCUCCCCCUUCCUUCCCCACCCCCAUCCCUUCCUCACCCCCAUCCCUUGCUGCCCCGGUUCUUUUGACGGCUCUGCUUCCCUUCCAGGGGACGCCUUCUACCUGGCUGUGGGCGGGGCCGUGGCCCAGCACAACUGGUCCCACAUCACCUCCGUGCUGCAGGACCAGCGGUUCCGGUGCCAGCUCAUCGACAGCUCAGAGGACCUGGGCAUGAUCAGCAUCCAGGGCCCAGCCAGCCGGGCCAUCCUCCAGGAGGUGCUGGAUGCAGACCUGAGCAACGAGGCCUUCCCCUUCUCCACCCACAAGCUGGUUCGAGCCGCCGGGCACCUGGUGCGGGCCAUGCGGCUGUCCUUCGUGGGGGAGCUGGGCUGGGAGCUGCACAUCCCCGGGCCGUCCUGCGUGCCCGUGUACCAGGCUGUGAUGGCAGCGGGCGCCAAGCACGGCCUCGUCAACGCUGGCUACCGGGCCAUCGACUCUCUGAGCAUCGAGAAAGUCACGGUGGACGAGAAAGUGCCCAUGUUUGGCCUGGAGGCCAUCUGGAGGGACGGCCAGGUGGUGGGCCACGUGCGCAGGGCCGACUUCGGCUUCACCAUCGACAAGACCCUCGCCUACGGCUACAUCCGGGACCCCAGCGGCGGGCCGGUCUCCCCGGACUUUGUGAAGAGUGGGGACUACAGCCUGGAGAGGAUGGGGGUGGCCUACCCUGCCCGGGCUCACCUGAAAUCUCCCUUUGACCCCGACAACAAGAGAGUGAAGGGGAUCUAUUGAUGGGCCUAUGGGCAGGACCCCAGCUGCUCAGGCACCAGGGCCCUGCCCUCCACCCAUGCACCGCUCCCACUGGCCUGC